AUGAGCCCGCAGCAGCUGUCAAACGCGCUGUGGGCGGCCGGGCGCUUUGGGCUGCCGCCCGGCGCCGCGUGGGCGCGUGCGUGCCGCGAGGCGGUUGCGCGGCAGCUGCGCGGCUUCACACCUCAGGGGCUGGCAAAUGUAGCGGCAGCUGCUCACCACCUGCUUGGACAAGUGGACUCAGAGCUGGCAGGCGGGGAACAAUGGGAGCAGCAGCAGCAGCAGCAGCAGCAGCAGCAGCAGCAGCAGCAGCAGCAGCAGCAGCAGCAGCAGCAGCAGCAGCAGCACGGGCGGGAUACGCAGGCGCAUGGACAUGGAAUGGGACGGGCGGCAGUCGAUGAGGAGCAGCUGCAGGUGCGUGCUGAGCUGGCGCUCCUGCGGGAGCUUGCGGUUGAGGAAGCUGCCCGGAGAGGCGGCGAGGGCCUGUCUGCACUAGACUUGGAGGCGUUUGCCUGGGCAGGAUCGGGCAGCAGCAGCAGCAGCAGCAGCAGCAGCAGCAGCAGCAGCAGCAGCAGCAGCAGCAGCAGCAGCAGCAGCAGCAGGAGUGAAGGCAGCAGCAUCGGGAGGCUGCUGCCGAAGGACCCACCAGCGGAGGGCGCCCAGGCCCUGUCGCUGCUGUGGGUCGCGGCGCGCGCCUGCGCGCACGGCGGCGCCCCGCCGCCGGGCGACGCGUGGCUCGACGCGUGCUGCGCCGCCGCGGCGCGGCGGCUGCCGCUCGCCACUCUGUCGGAAGUGGCCAGGGCAGCAUGGUCGAUGGCGAGCCUCGACCGGCGGCUGCGGCGGCGGCACAAACAGCACCCGCUCGUCAUUGGCACCGGCAGCGAGCAGCAGCAGCAGGAAGAGGGAGGGAUAGAGGAAGGGCAGCGGCGCGGCAGCGGCGCCGCGCGCCUGAGGGCGGGGCUGCUGCAGCAAGUCGCGCUGCGAGCGGGCAGCAUGUCGUCGCCGGAGCUGGCCGAGGCUGCCGCCAGCGCGGCCGAGCUGGCGCGGGCCUGCCGGCCGCCGCGCUCCCUGGCGCCGGCUCUGCUCGCCGCAGGCGCGCGGGCUUGCGGAUCCGCGCCCACUGAGGACCUGCUGCUUGUCGCGCAGGCGCUCGCCGCGUUUGGCAUCCGCCACUUGCCGGCGCAUGCAAGCGUCAGCAGCGGCAGCGGUGGCGACAACAGCAGCAGCAGUGCGCACGGGCCGCAGCGCGGGCAUCGGCCGCGGCGCGUCACCCGGGACAGUGGGGGUUCUGUUGGCGCGGGCCCCCAGCAGCGAUUGCUGCAGUCUGCGGCUGACGCAGAGCUGUAUCUGAUAGGCACAGCGGCGUUGAGAAACACGCCUCAAUCGUCACCAGAGCAGGUGGCUCGAGUUGCACAUGUAUUUUUUGCGCAGCUGGGGCGCCAGCCCAGCGCAGCAGAGGCCGCGGCAGUCGCGCAUGCGCUGCCGCCGCCCGCACUGCGGGCGCUGAGCGCGCGUCGGCUCGCACAGGUGCUGCAGGCAGUGGCCGCGUGGCCGCCCGCGCUGCAGCCGGCGGACGCCGACUGGUGGGUGGCCGCGGCCGACAGCGUGGCGGCGUUCGCGUCUGCAGAAGCCGCGGCCGGCGGCGGCAGCGGUGGCGGCGGCGACAGCAGCGACGACGGCGAUCGCGACGUGGACAAUGCCGGCCUGCUGCUCGGCGCUGCGGCGCGGCACUCGCCGCGGCGGGCGGCGCUCGCACGCGCGGAGGAGCGGCUGUGGCGCUGCUUGGCGCAGCGCGUUCGCGGGGCAGACGUGCAGGCCCUAGCGGGGAUGCUGCGGCGGCUUUACAGGUGGGUUGCGUUUUCAACCGUGUCCAGGGCACCUUGCUUUGUGAUUUGCAUCAGCAGCUCAGCGAGCACGUAG